UGCUCACGGCUCACCGUUUACUGCUCACUUAUAAUUAUGGCAGAAAUGACAAUCCGCGAUGCGCUGAAUGCCGCGCUUCGUGAAGAAUUAAUCAGAGACGAAAAUGUUUUCAUCAUCGGCGAAGAAGUUGCCGAAUAUGACGGCGCGUAUAAAGUGACGCGCGGACUUUGGAAGGAAUUCGGCGAUAAGCGCGUGGUCGAUUCGCCGAUCACCGAACUCGGUUUUGCGGCUCUCGGAGUCGGCGCGGCGAUGGCGGGUUUGCGUCCGGUCGUUGAAUUUAUGACGUGGAAUUUCAGCAUCUUGGCGGCUGACCAGAUCAUCAAUCACGCGGCGAAAAUGCUUUACAUGUCGGGCGGACAAUUUAAUGUUCCGAUCGUUUUUCGCGGUCCGAACGGUUCGGCUUAUCAAGUUUCAAGCCAGCAUUCACAGGCACUCGAAGCAUUUUAUGCGAACUUUCCCGGCUUGAAAGUCGUGAUGCCUUCGACCGCUGCUGAUGCGAAAGGUCUUUUGAAAUCGGCGAUUCGCGACAACAAUCCGGUCGUUUUUCUCGAACAGGAAACGAUGUAUGGAAUGAAAUCCGAAGUUCCCGAAGAUGAAGAUUUUCUCGUUCCGCUCGGCGUUGCCGACGUGAAGCGCGAAGGAAUGGACUGCACCAUCGUGGCGCGUUCGUUCACCGUUCCGCAGGCUUUGAAAGCGGCGGAAAUUAUGCAGAAGGAUUUCGAUGUUUCGGUCGAAGUCGUCGAUCCGCGCACCAUCAAACCGCUCGACAUCGAUACGAUCGUUGCGUCCGUUAAAAAGACUAAUCGCUUGGUCGUCGCCGAAGAAUCACACGCAUUUGCAUCCGUCGGCGCAGAGAUUUCGCAUCAAGUGAUGGAAAAUGCUUUCGAUUAUCUCGAUGCGCCGAUCAAACGAAUUUCCUGUGCCGAAGCACCGAUGCCGUAUGCGCGAAACUUAGAAGUCGCGGCACUUCCGAGCGUCGAAAAGAUCGUCGCGGCGGUCAAAGAAGUUUGUUAUUUGUAA